AUGGGAGAAAUAAACAAAAGGCAGAAUGAUUGGGAUUCUUCCAAAGGUUCACGAGAUCCUAUCAAAACUUUAGAGGAUAAAUGGAAAUUAGUACCUGCUUUUUUGCAAGUCAAAGGAUUAGUAAAACAGCACAUAGAUUCUUUCAACUAUUUCAUCAAUGUGGAAAUUAAGAAGAUAGUACAAGCGAAUGAGAAAGUUUUUUGUGAUUCUGAUCCCUUAUUUUACAUAAAGUAUUUAAAUGCUUAUGUGGGGACACCAGACUUGGAAGAAGGUUUUAAUGUUACUAAACCUACAACACCUCAUGAAUGUAGACUGAGGGACAUGACAUACUCUGCACCAAUCACUGUGGACAUUGAAUAUAUUAGAGGAAAUCAAAGGGUGAUAAAGAAUAAACAACUGAUUGGAAGGAUGCCACUGAUGUUACGUUCAUCAAACUGUGUACUAACUAACAAGUCUGACUUUGAGCUUGCUCAACUUAAUGAAUGUCCGCAUGAUCCAGGUGGUUACUUUAUUAUAAGAGGCCAAGAAAAAGUAAUAUUGAUUCAGGAGCAACUCUCAAGGAAUCGUAUGAUAGUUGACGAAUUCAAAGGUGCCAUACAAUGUCAAGUUACAAGUUCUACACAUGAGAAGAAAACUAGAACGAAUGUUAUUGUUAAAAAUGGCAAAUAUGUACUGAGACAUAAUGCUCUAUCUGAUGACAUUCCAAUAGCAGUUGCAUUUAAAGCUAUGGGAAUAUGUAGUGAUCAAGAAAUUAUACAACUCAUUGGUUCACAUGAUACGGUUAUGAAAAAAAUGGCGCCUUGUAUCAUGGACUGCCAUAAUUUGAAAAUUUUUACACAAAAUCAGGCCCUUGCUUACAUAGGAAGCAAAUUAAAAGUUAAAAGGUUUCAAACGGGCAAUCAAAAAGCUCGGACUCCUGUAGACGAAGCCAGAGAUCUUCUAGCUACAACUAUUCUUGCUCAUGUAGCUGUUGACAAUUAUAACUUCUACGUAAAGGCUAUUUAUUUAGCAAUUAUGGUAAAGAGAGUAAUCGAGGCUGAGACUAACAAAGCCGCAAUAGAUGACCCAGACUAUUAUGGGAACAAAAGGAUGGAGCUAGCAGGAUCUUUACUAGCUUUGAUGUUUGAAGAUCUUUUUAAAAGAUUCAAUUGGGAGUUAAAAUCUAUCGCCGAUAAGAUAAUACCUAAGGUUAAAGCUGCUCCAUUUGAUGUUGUAAAACAUAUGAGACCAGACCUAAUUACUAAUGGAUUGUUUGCAGCUAUUUCCUCAGGUAAUUGGACCAUCAAAAGAUUUAAAAUGGAGAGGCAUGGAGUAACACAAGUGUUAAGUAGACUGAGUUACAUUUCGGCUCUCGGCAUGAUGACCCGAGUGAAUUCUCAAUUUGAGAAAACGCGCAAAGUGUCUGGACCGCGAUCGUUGCAGCCUUCGCAGUGGGGUAUGUUGUGUCCUUCUGACACACCUGAAGGUGAAGCAUGUGGCCUCGUGAAAAACUUGGCAUUAAUGACUCACAUUACAACAGAGUGUUCUGAAUAUCCUAUAGCCAGGUUGGCUCGUAACUCUGGCGUUGAAGAUGUAAGAAUUUUGGGCGGGGAAGAAAUCAAUCAUCCAGCUGUCUACAUGGUUUUCCUUAACGGUAACAUAUUGGGCGUUAUGAGACAAUACAAGAGACUAAUCAAAGUAUUUAGAAUGUUUAGACGACGCGGUCUUAUUUCAGCGUUUGUGUCGAUUUACCCAAAUCAUAACCAAAGAACUGUGUACAUUUGCAGCGAUGGGGGCAGAUUGUGCAGGCCAUACAUUAUCGUAGAAAAAGGUUCUCCAUUAGUUCAGCAAUCACAUAUUAACGAACUAAACAGAGGAAUACGAAAAUUUCAAGAUUUUCUCAAUGAUGGCCUUAUUGAAUACUUAGAUGUAAAUGAAGAAAAUGACAGUCACAUAGCCACAUUUGAAACAGAUAUAGAUCCUUAUGUAACAACUCACUUAGAAAUUGAGCCCUUCACAAUUCUAGGAGUAUGUGCCGGGCUAGUGCCCUACCCACACCACAAUCAAAGCCCAAGGAAUACCUAUCAAUGUGCUAUGGGUAAACAAGCCAUGGGAACUAUUGGCUAUAAUCAAAAAAACAGAAUUGAUACGCUAAUGUAUAAUUUAGUGUAUCCGCAGUGUCCUAUGGUUAAAACAAGAACAAUAGAGUUGACAAAUUUUGACAAACUGCCGGCGGGGCAGAACGCUACAGUUGCAGUAAUGAGUUACAGUGGUUAUGAUAUAGAAGAUGCCUUGAUUCUCAAUCAGGCAUCUAUUGAUCGCGGUUACGGCCGCUGUCUUGUAUACAAAAGCGCAAAAACCAUUAUGAAAAGAUACAGCAACCAAACAUCGGAUAGGAUAAUGGGUCCUUCACGAGACGCCACUACUGGUAAAGUUAUAAAGACCCAUGAUAUUUUAGAUGCAGACGGUAUUGCUUCGCCCGGUGAAAUGGUUGAAAACAGACAAGUGUUAAUUAACAAGCAAAUGCCUCCUGCAAAUUUGAAUCCUGUCACCCAGGGUCAGCCACAACAAGUUGACUAUAAAGAUGUUCCAAUAACGUAUAAAGGACCGGUCGAAUCUUAUGUAGAAAAAGUUAUGGUCUCGACAAACAGCGAAGAUGCUUCCCUUAUCAAAAUAUUAUUGAGGCAAACCCGAAUUCCGGAAAUAGGGGAUAAAUUUAGUUCGAGGCAUGGACAGAAAGGUGUUACCGGUUUAAUAGUACCACAAGAAGAUAUGCCAUUCAAUGAUCGAGGAAUUUGUCCUGAUAUGAUCAUGAACCCUCACGGAUUCCCCUCUAGAAUGACUGUUGGUAAAACUAUCGAGUUAUUAGCUGGAAAAGCUGGGCUUCUGGAAGGAAAAUUUCAUUAUGGUACAGCAUUUGGUGGCUCCAAGGUUCUGGACGUAUGCCACGAGUUAGAAAAACAUGGAUAUAACUAUCAUGGCAAAGAUAUUUUCUAUUCUGGCUUAACAGGAGAACCCCUGGAGGCUUACAUUUAUUCUGGCCCAGUGUACUAUCAAAAGUUAAAGCAUAUGGUCCAAGAUAAAAUGCACGCACGUGCAAGGGGCCCUCGAGCAGUACUUACUCGUCAACCUACUGAAGGACGGUCACGUGACGGUGGACUUAGGUUAGGAGAGAUGGAGCGUGAUUGUCUCAUCGGUUACGGCGCAAGCAUGCUGUUAAUGGAACGCCUGAUGCUCGCGUCGGACGCGUUCAGCGCGGACAUCUGCGGCGCGUGCGGGCGCCUGGCGUCGCGCGCGUGGUGCCACGCCUGCCGCUCCUCCGCCGCCGUGUCCAGCGUCGAGAUGCCUUACGCCUGCAAGUUGCUCUUCCAGGAGCUCGCCUCCAUGAACAUUGUUCCUAAGCUCACUCUUAAGAAAUAUUGUUAA